GGCGGGACCUUCCCUGGACAUCCUACGGUUCCAAAUACCGUAUGCCGCCACGAACUUCUCAUUCAGGAAGUAAGGUCGGGACAGUUUCCCGCUCUAGACCCGGUGUCCGGUUUCUCUCUCAGCGGACCUCCACGGUGUUCAGGCCCAUGGCUGCUCAGGUUUCGGAGGUGUCGGCGCUCCUCGCGGCUGCUCGGGGCCGUUACCGGCACCUGUUCGGAGGGGAGCCCCAGGCUGCGUGCUGCGCGCCGGGAAGAGUGAACCUGAUCGGGGAGCACACCGACUACAACCAGGGAUUCGUGUUACCGAUGGCUCUGCCUCUUGUUACUGUGGUAGUGGGGAGUCAGACCCCCGGUCGGGAUGUAACCAUAGUAACCACAGAAGAUGCUGAGGAGACCCAGAGAGUGGACUUCUCCCUGCCCAGUGAUGGGUCUGCUCUGCCUCCUGGGACUCCGCCCUGGGCCAACUAUGUGAAGGGAGUCCUCCAACACUACAGAGCAGCUCCGGUUCCAGGCUUCAGGGCGGUGGUAGCCAGCAGUGUCCCCCUGGGUGGAGGACUGUCCAGCUCCGCCUCCCUUGAGGUAGCCGUGUACACCUUUCUACAGCAGCUCAAACCAGAUGAUGGAGAUAACCUGUCCAAAGCUCUAGCGUGCCAGCAGGCUGAACACACACAUGCUGGAGUACCGUGUGGCAUCAUGGACCAGUUUGUGUCCGUCUUUGGUAGGGAGGGACAUGCUCUGCUCAUUGACUGCAGGUCCCUGGAAGCCACCUUGGUCCCAAUGGCAGAUCCCGAUCUGGUGGUCCUCGUCACCAACUCCAAUGUGAAACACUCUCUGACGGGGAGUGAGUACCCAAUGAGACGUAAACAGUGUGAAGAGGCUGCUGCUGCAAUGAAGAAGGACAGUCUCAGGGAUGUCACCCUCCAAGAUCUGGAAGAAGCUAAAGUCAGGAUGGAUGACAUCACAUAUAGAAGAGCUCGCCAUGUGAUUGAAGAGAUCAAGAGAACUGUCCAAGCUGCUGAAGCCCUGAAGGAUGGGGCCUACAGCAGGUUUGGGAAGCUGAUGGUGGACAGCCACUACUCUCUGAGAGACCUGUAUGAGGUCAGCUGCAGCGAGCUGGAUGAGCUAGUCUCCUUGGCCUUGGAGGUGGAUGGGGUGUAUGGCAGCAGGAUGACAGGAGGAGGGUUUGGGGGGUGCACAGUGACUUUGCUGCAAGCUAAAGCUGUAGACAAAGCCAUCCUCCACAUACAGGAGAAGUACCGAGGAGCUCCAACCUUCUACAUCACUACUCCUUCAGAAGGAGCACGUGCGCUCACUCUGGCCUCUGACCUUCAUUAGCAUAUCAGCCACGAGAGCAGGACUGCCUACAAACACCACUGGUUUGGUUGUUUUAGCAUUUUUAGCUUUUUUUAAAAGGUGAGGUUCACUGAAAACCAAUUUUUAUGAUUAUUUCUGAUUCUAACGGGUCACUCUGAGUGUUUCAUGCAGGCUGAACAUGAAAUAGUCUCCUACACCUAUCUCCUGCUUUAGCUUCUGAUAGAAAACAGACGGUGAAACUCUAGGAUUAGAAAAGCCUGACAGACCUACGUCACCCUGUCACUAACAUUCAUGGACUCACCCACCUGGACUCACGACGGGAAAGGCUGUUGUUGCUUUGGCGUUCAGGAAACCGUAAGGAACGUCUCAGCUAGUAGAGCCCCCCCCCCCGAGAGUUCGACUCCAGGCGUUCACUAGACCACUGCAGAUAUGUUGAUUGAAGGAGUGUGAAUAAGAAGACAGGAAAUCUUAAGGGCUGAUUUGAUUCAUUUGAUCUGAGUCGGGAUGUAAAGGUGCUAAAUUACCUCGUGUACUUUUCAUGUUUCUGGGAAAUAAAUCUUCUUCCACAAUCA